AUGUCCGCUAUACCAACCGGCUACUCCCCCUCCACACUCUCAACGGGCAUGUCAUCCUGCGCGAUACCCAUCUUCGAAAUUCCCACCGACGACGCCGCCUGCGGCAUCCACCCAACCCGGCUCUCAAAUGCCACUGAGGUGCUUUCCCUUUGCUGUGGCGUCGCAUCAGUAGUUACCUACGCCGGCGGCUGCGCAGCCUACUGUCUCGCCCAGAGGCAGACUAUCUCGUCCCUGCAAUCGUGUUUUAUAAAUAAUGGCGGAGAUCCGUUCUGUAAUGCUCUAUUCAAUGCUACCGCCACCGCCGCGGUUAGCAGUGCUUCCAGUACGGGGGCCAGUUCAACGGGUACAAGGACAGGGACGGCGACAGGGUCGAGUGCGUCGAGUACAAGUUCGCCUGGUGCUGCUGUCAAGACGAUGAAAGUUUCAACGGGGGGCGUGAGUGUUAUUGCGUUGUUGAUUUGUUCGACUUUGUUUGGGGCAUUGGCUUAA